AUGAUAGCCCGAUUGUACGAUGAGGAUCUCAGCGAUGUCGACCUAAGACGCAAAACAUUUUCACGUGUGGUGAGUGCCCGGGGACGGUGCCUGGUGGAGCAGUGCUCGUACGAGUAUACGCGGUCGCUGGGUCCCCACUCCCCGGCCCCGACCCCCCUCUACUGCAGGAUCCUGCACGAGUACACGGAGUGCAUCCGGGGGACGGCGCGCUCUUGCCGGGGGGACCUACAGUUCCACAUCUCCUCGAGGGCCGUCGCCAGUUUGAACUCCCGCUUCAACUGCGCUGCCGUGCCGGGAACGGAUCCGCCCCCAGUGCCUCGAUGCACGUACGAUCCUGUUGCUGGGCUUCGGAAGAUGCGAAGGAGAGGGAACGGAGACAAGAGGCACCCUACGUCCAAGUCCACCCAUGCCCUCUGUGCUCUUUUCGGGGAUCCUCAUCUGCUCACGUUCCAAGGGGAGAUGCAGACGUGUGGGAUUCCCAGCGCAUGGCCUCUCCUGGACAAUCAGUUCCUCACCGUCCAGGUCACAUCCAGCCCCGUCUGUGAUGGCUGCUCCGCCACUGCACCCACCAAGGUCCCUACCUCUGUGGUGGUCCUAGUGAAGAAAGAGGAGAACUGUACACCCCAGGUGACAUAUGAAGCUCUGGCUGGUGCCUCGUUGCCCGGAGAGUUUGUGGGUGGUUCCACACAACUGGGCAUGGAUGGUGCCGUUUCUUUAAAAGUACAAGACCAAGGACGGCAUGUCGAGGUGCUGGUUCGACACGCUGGGACGAUAGUGGUGAUCCGUCGCAUCGGAGACUGGCUGUCUACAUCCAUCAGAGUGCCUUGGGAGUACACCGGAGACGUAGACGGCCUCCUCCUCUGUUCCCAGGGCUGUCCCGCGUCUCAACAGAUUCACGGUUGGUCCGAUUCCAAGUCCCGUGUGAACCUCAACUUACCUCAGUGGAGACGGGGGCUCGCCUGGGAGGACGUCUUGGACGUGUGUCACCGGGAGGACCUCAAAGGUUUCUUCCUCGACGCGUGUGCGUUCGACCUUCUCACCACCAGUGAUACCAGUUUCGCCACCGCGGCGCGUCAAGCUCAGACGGACUACGAGCAGGUUCAUCCCGGCCGGGAGUUGUGGAACACGACGCGGUUGAACCCGAUGGACUUCCCCGUCACGUCGGGGGUCAUGCCUCCACACGGCCCGGGAAGGCCUCUCUUCGCUUUGCUCUUGGUGUUCCUACUCCCCUGGCUUCUUUCAUCCAGAAGACUAUGAGAACUUUUUUUCAUGUGCUCAAGGGCUGUGGACUGGAUACGGUGUGUCACAUCGGGAGUCAUAAAAAUGGGUCUGGCCGGUGUCCAGCUCCCGCUGCUUCCCCACGAAAUCACAAGCCACUACCUCCUUCCCCUCAGUUCGCACACUGUGAUUCUUUCCCCCGUAUUUUUCGUCCCUCUUUCCCCUGAUUUAAUUAAUUCUCUAGUGUAAAAGAGGUCAUUCUAUUUUCCUUCUUUUUUUUGAGAUGACUGUGAUCUUUGUCGAGGAGAAACGAGCUUCAAGUGACUCUAUGCAAGUUAGUGUGCCAAAUUUUUUUUCUGCUCCCUUUCCCUGUCCCAUGUCUUUUUUGUUACAAGGAGCCUCUAGUCAAGAUCCAGGCAAUAAAGAAAAACUUUUAAAAA